GGAAGAAAAGAAAAAAGACACAACAUGCAGACUGAAGGUCAGAAGCAUGUGGGCGGAGUUUUGCUCUCUGAUGCUGAUGAGCAGGAGAUAGGAGAUGAAGAUAAGCUCACCAAACUCCGCCUCUCAUGUCAUUCCUUUAUGAAGUGCUGCAUGGUAAAGUGGAUCAUCAACAGCAGAGCAGCACAGAUCACAGACAGUGCAGAUGCUGAGUUGGAACUGGCUAUGGUGAGACACCAACCUGAAGGUCUGGACAAACUUCAAGCUCAAACAAAAUUCACCAGGAAGGAGCUUCAGUCGCUCUACAGAGGCUUCAAGAACGAGUGUCCCAGUGGAUUAGUUGAUGAGGAAACCUUUAAGAUUAUUUAUUCCCAAUUCUUCCCUCAAGGAGAUGCAACUACAUAUGCACAUUUUCUGUUCAAUGCCUUCGAUAUGGACCGAAAUGGUUCAAUACAGUUUGAGGACUUUGUGAUUGGACUGUCCAUAUUGCUGCGAGGUUCAGUAACAGAGAAACUCCAGUGGGCGUUUAACUUGUACGACAUCAAUAAAGAUGGAUACAUCACCAAAAAGGAAAUGUUGUCCAUCGUAAAGUCCAUCUACGACAUGAUGGGCCGAUACACAUAUCCCAGUGUGAAAGCAGAUACACCGUUUGAACAUGUGGAGAAAUUUUUCCAGGAAAUGGACAGGAACAGAGAUGGAGUUGUUACUCUCGAUGAGUUCAUCGAGACGUGUCAGAAGGACAAGAACAUCAUGGCUUCCAUGCAGCUGUUUGAGAAUGUUAUCUAA